AGCCAGCCACUGUAAAUACUUAUAAACAAUUCAAAUGUCCAGUCAAAGAAGCCAAUGUCGCAGAAAGCAUAACGGUAUCUGAAGACACGUUAAAGGUACCAUUAGACCCUACCAGCUACCAAACAAUGUCUCGCUAGUCUAACUAGCCAGUCAAUUUCGAGCUUGCAACAUGCAAGCUAGCUACAACUGUAUGGGAAGCUAACUAGCCAAGUGACAUUUUUGUAAAGACUUCUUUGUAAAAAAAAAUCUGCACGAAGAAAGGAAGAGAAUAAUUUUGCCUCGAUCCCUUACUAGAGCGACGUUUGACUACUGGAGACUUGCGCCUGCACUUAAUAUAACACACUUGAAAGUGAAAACGUAAAUUAUAUGUAUUGUGUUUACAAUCUUAGUUGCCAAAGUCGCCUGAUGACACAGCUAGCUAAGCGAGUUAGUCGGCGACCUAGCUUCUGGUUUGCCAGGUAGGUAGUCUGUCAGAUUAUGGGAAAUAUACUAUAGGAGCCUAUUAUUUUCCUCUUUUUUGAAAUGCAUGGUAUUUUAAGCUCCGAUUGGGUUGGAUCAAAUCGCCCUGGGUUUCCCCUCGGAACAGCAUUUUUGUUGACCCUGAUUGUGUCAGUGUGGCUCGGAGGUAUCCCAAACGAUCUCUGUCUCGGUCCGGAUGAAUUAUUUCCUGGACUUCAAGUUCAUCGUCUGGCUCUCUACGCCAUCAGUCACGAGGAGCUGUUCUCCCUCGUCUGCAGCGCCGCCCUGCUGCUGUGGCUGGGGCAGUGCCAGGAGCGCUGGCUGGGCACGGUGGCUUUCCUCGGCCUAUCGCUGCUCUCCGCGGUUCUCCCGCCGCUGCUGUACGUGGCCAUUCUCUCUCUGUACGGGGGACAGUGCGGUCGGAUUUGUGGCCACUCGGCCGCACAGCUCGCCAUGUUCACGGCUCAGUGCGGUCACGUGAAGCAGCGGAGGCUGCUUCGCUGGGUGCCCGUGUGGUCCCUGCCCUGGCUGCUCAUGCUUGUGAGCGGGGCACUAAUGUCCGACACAUCGACCCUGCUGCGUCUGUGCGCCAUCUGCGUGGGACUCUGUUACAGUCGCGCUGUCAUUGGCGGGCUGCAGCAGGCAGAGAAGCUUGCAGUCUGGGGUGUCCUCCCAGCUUGGGCAUUCAUUUCCUCCUCGUCCAGGGACUGGUUACCAACCAGCAUCAGUACACAGAGACCUGCGCCGUUCCUUGAUUCCGUACCCGAGGAACCGUCAGCUUCCUCACACAGACCGCACUGGGAGGAGGAGCCUCGUCCUGCACCCCCACAGCCCUGGCCAUCCCCUGUCUCCGAUUGGCUGAUGGAGGGGGCUGCAGCUGCGUCACAGUUUCAGCUAUUGGACGAAGAGCUCCUGAGGGCGGGGAUAUUAGCUUCCCUGCAGGACGCUCCUGAAGGACCUGAGGACAAGGUGGAGGUGCCAAAGUCUUCAGUGUCCUCCUUACGGCUGCAGCAGCUGGAGAAGAUGGGCUUCCCCACAGAGAAAGCAGUGGUCGCCCUGGCUGCCACGGGGAAGCUAGAUGGUGCCAUCUCCCUGCUGAUCGACGACAGGGUCGGGCAGGAGGCAGUGGUGACCUCCAAAGGGAAGAGCCAGUCAUAACCGAACGAUACCUGAGCAGCCUUUCGGAAUGUCUGCCCGACCCUGCAUCACAGGUUGCUCUGGCAUUAACUGAGAGGGCCUGGCUACUGGUGAAUAACAGCAAUGCAAGUGCAAGGACUGGCCAGAAAGGUCCUGUUGACACACUGGAACUCAAACUCAAUGUUGCGCGAACCCGGGGGGGGGGGAGACACUGGCGGCUUAAAGUAAACUGAGGAGGCACUACUGUCAACAGGGCCAAUGAACUCAACUUGAAGUGUGGAUGCCAACGCAAAUUGGCAUCCAAGAAACAGAAAACAAAAACGCAUCCACUCCCAUGUAAAUAAGUGUUUACAGAUGCUACAUAUUCAAAUAUUUAUUGGCAUUCAUCCUUAACCAAUGCAGUCUGCUAUCUAGCCAAGUGAAGUGAAUAACAUACUCUCUUCUCAUGCCCGUGUCAUUUUUGAAACUGUGGAUUAAUACCACACAAUCCCCGGCAAUUAUAUUGUUUAUAGCCUGAGAACAAUGAAUGCACUUUGUGUCAAUGUCAAUAAAAAUAAAAUUUGAAUCCUGAAAUUUG